AUGGGGGAUAAGAUGUGGGUGGAUUACACAAGGGGACGUCAGGCAUUCUUCUUAGUUAACCCAGUGGAUUUGGAGGCAGGAGUGUUUUCCCAGGACUUGACUGGUUAUAAAUAUGGUGCCAAGCUCAACCGGGCAGCCGGGCCUGCAGAACUGAAGAUAGAGGAAAACAUGUUCCUAAUCCUUUCCUGGCUUAAAAUUGAGGGAGAACAAAGUGAUGUUCUUGAAGAGGACAACCUGGACCUGAUGCUUCCUGCAAAGAAGAAGGCGGCCAAAAAAGUUGAUUUUUAUGAAGGAGAACCUCUUGAGAAGGAUGAUGGAGUGGAGGAUGAUGAGGGGAAAAACAAUGAUGGCAUUUCAAUCAGCUCCACCACAGGAUCAGCGUGGGCUGGCUCCGAAAGAGACUACACAUAUGAUGAGCUCCUGAACAAAGUUUUUAACAUCACGAGGGAAAAAAACCCUGACAUGGUGGCAGGAGAGAAGAGGAAAUCUGUGAUGAAACCCCCUCAGGUGGCGAAAAAGACCUCCUUUGUCAAUUUCACAGAUAUCUGCAAAUUGUUGCAUCGUCAGCCCAAACAUCUUCUCACUUUCCUAUUGGCUGAGCUUGGAACAAGCUGUUCCAUUGACGGUAAUAACCAGCUUGUGAUCAAAGGAAGAUUUCAACAGAAACAGGUAGAAUAUGCUUUGAGAAGAUACAUCAAGGAGUAUGUGACAUGCCACACCUGCCGCUCCCCUGAGACCAUCCUGCAGAAGGACACUCGUCUCUAUUUCCUGCAGUGUGAGACAUGCCACUCCUGCUGCUCCGUCGCUAGCAUCAAGACCGGCUUCCAUGCGGUGACGGGCAAAAGGGCGCAGCUCCGUGCCAAAGCCAACUGA